UUGUUGCUUCAGUUUGUGACCAGGGAACCAACAAUCGACAGGCUCUCAAACAGGUUUCUAAGAAAAGGAGAGGAACCAAAGGAGAACAUUAUUUUAAUAAAUGGUCAAGAAGUAAUACCUCUAUAUGACCCGCCACACCUUCUUAAAGGAAUUAGAAAUAAUCUCACCAAAAACAUGGUAUACACCACACAAGGUGUUACAAAAACAGCAAAAUGGUCUCACAUAAAAUUAUUGUAUGACGAAAACCCUGGUUACAAAGGCGUUAGAUUAAUCCCAAAAUUAACGGAAAAUCAUGUGAAUCCAGACAAAAUUAAUAAAAUGAAGGUGAAAUUUGCCUCGCAAAUAUUCAGCCGUACUGUAGCAUCUAAUAUGGGAUAUCUAGCAGAUACGAACAUCCUUCCGGCAGAGUGCAAACAAACUGCGGACCUGCUGUUUUUCAUGGACGACAUAUUUGACUCUGUGAAUGGCAGUAAAAUGAAAAAUAAAUAUGCUAAACCCCUACUUGGCCCAGCAACACCAUACUCUGUCCACCAAAAAACGUGGAUUGAGGGCAUACAAAUGUUUAAUUCUAUAAAAUUUAUAACACCAUCUGGUAAAACAGAAACGGUUCCCUCUGUUACCAAUUGGGUGUAGACACUGAAAGGAAUUCAAACUUUAUUAAAAAAAGUAAAAGAUAAUUAUAACGUGCCAUCACUAUGGUUGCAG